AUGCCGCGCCUCAUCAAGUGCUUGCUCUUGUUCCUCGCCUGUCUCGGCGUGUCGACACAGGCCACGGAAGAGACAUCCCAAUGGCCUCUCCAAGACAACGGCCUCAACAAGGUCGUGCAGUGGGACCACUACAGCUUCCAGAUCAAUGACCAACGCAUCUUCGUCUUCAGUGGUGAAUUCCACUACUGGCGUAUCCCCGUUCCAGCCCUGUGGCGUGACAUCCUUGAGAAAAUCAAAGCAGCAGGCUUCACGACUUUCGCUUUCUACUCCAGCUGGGCAUACCACGCCCCAAACAACGGCACAGUGGACUUCACCACUGGUGCUCGCGAUAUUGUCCCCAUCUUCGAGCUCGCCAAGGAGCUCGGCUUGUAUAUCAUCGUUCGUCCUGGCCCAUACGUCAAUGCUGAAGCCAAUGCUGGUGGCUUCCCCCUUUGGCUCACCACGGGUGAUUAUGGCACACUGAGAAACAAUGAUACUCGGUACACCGAAGCCUGGAAGCCUUACUUCACGGAUGUGACUACUAUUACCUCUAAGUAUCAAGUCACAGAUGGUCAUAACUCGAUCUGCUAUCAGAUUGAGAACGAGUAUGGAAACCAGUGGCUCUCUGAGGCUUCCCUUCGUGUUCCCAACGACACUGCCAUCCACUACAUGGAGUUGCUUGAAGCCAACGCAAGGGAGAAUGGUAUCACCAUUCCUUUGACGGCUAAUGAUCCCAACAUGAACUCGCAUUCUUGGGGCAAGGAUUGGUCCGACGAGGGUGGCAACGUUGAUGUCGCAGGUGUCGACUCCUACCCUUCGUGCUGGACUUGCGAUUUGAGCCAGUGCACCUCCACAAACGGUGCCUACGUCCCCUUCCAGGUGAUGGACUACUACAGCUACUUUCAAGAAUCCCAGCCCAAUCAGCCAGGCUUCAUGCCCGAAUUCCAGGGCGGCUCUUACAACCCCUGGGGCGGACCAGAAGGUGGCUGCCCCGGAGACAUUGGUGAUGACUUCGCCAACCUCUUCUACCGCUGGAACAUCGGACAACGCGUGACAGCCAUGUCUCUGUACAUGAUGUUUGGCGGACAAAACCACGGAGCAAUGGCUGCCCCCGUCACAGCGACUAGCUAUGAUUACUCGGCCCCUAUUUCUGAAGACCGCUCCAUUUGGUCGAAGUACCAUGAGACCAAGCUUUUGGCCCUGUUUACCCGUUCUGCCCGCGAUCUCAUCAUGACUGAUCUGAUUGGCAAUGGAACACAGUAUACGGACAACAAGGCAGUGAAGGCGUUUGAACUUCGAAACCCGGAGACCAACGCCGGAUUCUAUGCGACAUUCCACACCAACACUUCUAUUUCCACUAAUGAAGCCUUCCACUUGAAGGUCAACACUUCCGCUGGAGUAUUGAAUGUUCCGAAGCGUGCUGCUUCAAUCCGAUUGAAUGGACACCAGUCCAAGAUCAUCGUGACGGACUUCUCAUUCGGCGGGAAGAAGCUCCUUUACUCCACUGCUGAGGUUCUUACCUACGAGGUCUUUGACAAGAAGCCUACUCUGGUCCUUUGGGUUCCAACGGGCGAGUCGGGUGAGUUUAACAUCAAGGGUGUGAAGAAGGGAUCGAUCAAGAAGUGCGAAGGCUGCUCGAAGGUCAAGUUUGUGAAGGAGCACGGCGGUUUGACCACUUCCUUCACUCAGUCCAAGGGUGUUACAAUUCUGGAAUUGGACAAUGACAUCCGAGUCGUUGUUAUUGAUAGAACAUCUGCCUACGAAUUCUGGGCCCCUGCCAUCACCGAAGAUCCAUUCGUCCCUGAGACUGAAAGUGUCUUCGUUCUGGGACCAUACCUUGUCCGUGGUGCCAAGAUCUCUGACCACAAGCUUUCCAUUACUGGUGAUGUGGUCAAUGCCACUUCCCUAGAAGUAUUCGCCCCCAAGACUGUGAAGUCAAUCACAUGGAACGGCAAGAAGGUCGAGGCUCACUCGACCGAAUAUGGAAGUCUCAAGGUUUCACUCAAGGCCCCCAAGUCUGUGAAAUUGCCCGCUCUAUCUUCAUGGAAGUCCAAUGACAGUCUGCCCGAGCGAUUGGUUUCAUACGAUGACUCCGGCGAAGCCUGGGUUGACGCGAACCACAUGACAACACUCAACCCCCGAACUCCAACCAGCCUGCCUGUCCUCUACGCAGACCAGUAUGGCUUCCACAACGGCGUCCGUCUUUGGCGCGGAUAUUUCAACGGCACAGCUACAGGCGCCUUCAUCAACGUCCAGGGAGGAACUGCAUUCGGCUGGUCCGCCUGGCUCAACGGUGAAUUCCUCACCUCCUACCUAGGCGAUGCCACCACAGCCCAAGCCAACCUGACCUUGUCAUUCGCCAACGCCACCCUCAGCAUCACAACCCCCAACGUCCUCCUUAUCGUCCACGACGACACAGGCCACGAUCAAACGACCGGUGCCCUCAACCCCCGCGGCAUCAUGGACGCCAACCUCCUCGGCUCGGAAACCGGCUUCACACACUGGCGUCUCGCCGGCACCGCAGGCGGCGAAUCAGACCUCGACCCCGUCCGCGGAGUCUACAACGAAGACGGCCUCUUCGGCGAGCGUGUCGGCUGGCAUCUUCCCGGAUUCGAUGAUUCGAAAUGGGAAAGCGCCGACUCCCUUUCUUUCACGGGUGCCUCGGUGCGCUUCUUCCGCACGACUGUUGAUCUCGAUUUGCCUACUGGCACUGAUAUUUCCAUCUCGUUUGUUCUUUCCACGCCCUCUGGUACGAACAAGUACCGUGCGCAGCUCUUCGUCAAUGGCUACCAGUAUGGUCGGUACCAUCCUUAUAUUGGAAACCAGAUUGUUUACCCUGUUCCGGUGGGUGUUUUGGACUACAAGGGAACCAACACGAUUUCUGUUGCUGUUUGGGCGCAGACUGAGGAGGGUGCUGAAAUUGGUGUUGAUUGGAGAGUCAACUAUGUGGCGGAUAGCUCGUUGGAUGUUGCUUCCUUCGAUACUAAGGAGUUGAGGCCUGGAUGGACAGAGGAGAGGCUGAAGUUUGCUUAG